GUGAAUCAUAGUGCAACCCCUUUAUAAGGAGAGUUCUCAAGAGGCACAGAUCACUCGGACCUCAGGGGAGACACACAGCUCACCUCCACCUGGGUGAUUUGAACCUGUGGAAAAAUGGCUCGUCUGGAUGAAAUCAUCACCAGCCUUGCAGAUAUAUUUAUCGAGUACUCAGGUGAGGACAGCAAGAAACGUCAGCUGGACAAGGACGAGCUGAAGAAACUGUUUGAAAAGGAAAUAGAGAGCCCCCAGCUCCAGGGGACGAUCGACAUUCAUGAUGUGGAGGAGGCGAUGGCUGAGAUGGACAAGAACCACGAUGGUCAAAUCAACUUCAGAGAGUUCUGCAGAGCUGUGUGCUUGAUGGCCAAAUGUUACUACCACAAAAAGACCGGCAAAGAAGGCAGGAGAGGCAAGAAGGAGGAGGACAAAGAUUAAUAAACACGAUUGGUUGCAUCACUUUUUUCUGAAGAGAUCUGGGAAAACAGCUUAGUUUCUUUAGAAUUUGCUUUUUAUCCUGAUGAAGUGGUGGCGUUAUUGUAGACAUCUUCCUUGUACAUGACUGCAGCCUUCACCAGCGAAAGAUGGCAGAUGAUAGUAAAAGAUGGAAACAGAUGCCUCAAAGGUUCCACCUUGAUGUUUUAGAAAUGAUGUGCAGCAUUUCCAAACCUCUAAGCCAUAUAUGGGUCACUGUGUACGGACAGCUAAAUACCAUCAGCAUUGGAAAAUAAAUUAUAUAGCAGUUUUUUUGCGGUACAUUGUGGUGCGGUGGAGAGCUUAAGUUCCUCCAUUGUAUUAAAAGAAUUCAUUCUUGUACCAGUUUUCUAUGGUCCUCUAACAUGUGUGUCUGAAUAUUAAAUUUGACAAUCCCAAAAUAAUGUCACACUUUCAACAGUCGGACGUAGAAAUAAUU